UUUUUUCUUCCGGGAAUCUGCUCCUGAUCCUUCAAGCCAAGAGUUCUCCGCUCCAGGGAGUCAGGUGACUUUGCGCAGCCUGUGUCCCCACCCCUAUCUUGAGUGCAUGGAGGUUUUUCAAGAGUAUGCGGGGUCACCACAGAAGACAAAAAUGAUCUCAGUGACCUUUGAGGAUGUGGCUGUGAACUUCAUGCAGGAGGAGUGGGAUUUGCUGGAUUCUUCCCAGAAGAACCUUUACAGAGAUGUGAUGCUGGAAGUCCUAGGAAAUCUGGCAUCUAUAGAAAACCAAUGUGAUGAGAAGAACAUUGAAAAUCAGAUCAAAAAUUCUGGGAGCAGUCUAAGGCAGAUCACAUCUCAGUAUGGACCCGAACGCUACAAGCAUGAAGAAUGCGAGGAGAAGCCAUGUGAAUUGAAACUAUACAGGAAAUCUCUAGUUUCUCUCAAAACUGUGAACACACACAUGUUAACACAAACUGGAGAUGGACCCUAUGAAAGUACAGUAUGUGGGAAAGUCAUCAGUUGUUCGAAUGACAUUCAAAGGCAUGAAGAUUCUCAUACUGAGUGUCAACCUGAUGAAUGUCAACAAUGUGAUGAAGCUUCAUCUUCUCCCAUAGAUGUUCAAAGAUACACAAGAACACAUAGGGGAGGUAAAGCUUUUCAAUGUGAGGUAUGUGGGAAAGCCUUUCAUUCCCCCACUUUAUUUAGAAGACAUGAAAGAACUCAUUCUGGAGAGAAAUACCAUGAAAGUAAAGACGGUGAUAAAACCAUGGUUUCACCCAGAAGUCUUCACAGUCACGUGAUCACGCACACUGGGAAAGUACUUUUUAAAUGUAACGUAUGUGGGAAAAACUUUGCUUACCGAAGUUUAUUUAGAAAACAUGAGAGAAAGCAUACGGGAGAGAAGCCCUAUCAAUGUCAACAAUGUGGAAAAGCCUAUACUACUUCAUCUUACCUUCAGAUACAUAAACAAAUCCAUGCUGGAGAGAAGCCCAAUGAAUGCCAACAAUGUGGAAAAAUCUUCACUUCUUCUUCUUCCCUUCACACACAUGAACGGACUCAUACUGGAGAGAAGCCUUUUGAAUGUAAUCAGUGUGGCAAAGCUUUUGCUCAAUCAUCUACCCUUCACAAACAUAAAAAAACUCAUACGCAAAAGAAACCCUAUGAAUGUCAAGAAUGUGGGAAAGCCUGCAGUACUUUGUCUUACCUUCAGAUACAUGAACAAAUCCAUGCUGGAGAGAAGCCCCAUGAAUGUCAACAAUGUGGAAAAGUCUUCACUACUUCUUCUUACCUUCAGAUACAUGAACGAACGCAUACUGGAGAGAAGCCCUAUGAAUGUAAGCAGUGUGGCAAAGCCUUCACUCGGUCCACUCACCUUCACUCACAUGAAAAAACUCAUACUGGGGAGAAGCCCUAUGAAUGUCAACAAUGUGGGAAAGCCUUCAGUACUUCUUCCUACCUUCAGAUACAUGUGCGGACUCAUAGUGGGGAGAAGCCCUAUGAAUGUAAGCAGUGUGGCAAAGCUUUUGCUCAAUCAUCUAACCUUCACUCACAUAAAAAAACUCAUAUUAGAAAGAAACACUAUGAAUGUCAACAAUGUGGGAAAGCCUGCACUAGUUUGUCUUACCUUCAGAGACAUGAACAAAUCCAUACUGGAGAGAAUACCAAUGAAUGCCAACAAUGUGGAAAAGUCUUCACUACUUCUUCUUCCCUUCACAGACAUGUAAGAACACAUACUGGAGAGAGGCCCUAUCAAUGUCAACAAUGUGGAAAAGCCUACAGUACUUUAUCUUACCUUCAGAUACAUGAAAAAACUCAUACUGGGGAGAAGCCCUAUGUAUGCCAACAAUGUGGGAAAGCCUUCAGUACUUCUUCCUACCUUCAGAUACAUGUGCGGACUCAUAGUGGGGAGAAGCCCUAUCAAUGUAAUCAGUGUGGCAAAGCUUUUGCUCAAUCAUCUAACCUUCACUCACAUAAAAAAACUCAUACGAAAAAUAAACCCUAUGAAUGUCAACAAUGUGGGAAAGCCUUCAGUACUUCUUCCUACCUUCAGAUACAUAAACGGAUGCAUACUGGAGAGAAGCCCUAUGAAUGUAAGCAGUGUGGCAAAGCAUUUGCUGUAUCGUCUAGCCUUCACUCACAUGAAAAAACCAUACAAAAAAGAAACCCUAUGAAUGUCAACAAUGUGGAAAAGUCUUCACUACUUCUUCUAACCUUCACAAACAUGAACGAACGCAUACUGGAGAGAAGCCUUAUGAAUAUCAACAAUGUGCAGAACCCCUUGACACAUCCAGUGAACCUCACAUACAUGGAAGAAUUAAUGAAAAAGAGAAGCCUAAUGAAUACCAACUAUGUGAAAAAGUCUUUUUCUUGCUUUUUCUUUCACAGACAUGAAGGGACUCACAUUCAAGAGAAACCCUAUCAAUGUAAGCAGUGUGCCAAAGCCUUCACUCAGUCCUCUCAUCUUUGCUCACAUGAACGAACUCAUACUGGAGAGAAGCCCUUUGAAUAUCAACAAUGGGGAAAAGCCUUUGUUAUAUCCCAUUAGCUUCACUUACAUGAACAAACUCAUAUUGCAAAGAAAUUGUACUGAUGAAAACAAUUGGCAAAGUCUUCUGUUAUUACUGUUCUUCUCAUCAACAUGUUGGAAGUUUACUGGAGAAAAAUUCUUUAAAUGUGAAAUGUGGUGGAUCAAUAUUUCUUGUCCCCUUCAAACAAAAAGAAGGGGCUCACUCUGCUGAAUAUUGUACUGGGGAUUGUACUGCAAAUUUGGUCUGGUGGCACUCAACCACUGAGAUACAUCCUCAUGCUUUUUUAUAUUUUUAAUUUUGAGACAGUGACUUUCUGAGUUCCUUAGGGUUCUAAAAUGCUGAGGCUGGCCUCAAACUUGUGAUCCUUCAGCCUAAGCCUGAAGGAUUAAAGGCAUACAUCACCACAUCUGGCUGAAUAACUGUUUAAAUGUGAAAAAAUAUGGCAAAUCAUUUUAUUUUACCUGUUGUCUUCAAAGCCAUUUCCCUCACUGGAAAACAAACAGUCUGAAUUGGGACGAUUUGCUAUACUCUAUCAGCUUUAUGUUCUAGACCUAUUUUUCUUCUCUUUUAUGAAAAUUCUCAUAGAGUGAAGCCCUAUGAAUGUGAAAAAUGUGGGAAAUCUUUUAAUUUUUGCAACUUCUUCUGAAUACUAGAUUGUUUUGGAAAGAUUCAUGCCAAAAUGAAUAAAUCCUAUGCAAGUAAGAAAUACAAAGGAUUCAGAUGUUUUAGUUUUGUUCAGUUGUAUUAAAAAAAAAAUAGUGUAGAAAAUCCUGUGGAUAAGCAAUGUCGGGCGGUACUUAGUUUUGACAGUUUUAUUCAAAGACAUAAAAGGAUUUACAUCUGGGCUGGUGAUGUGGCUCAAGCGGUAGCGUGCUCGCCUGGCAUGCAUGCGGGCUGGGUUUGAUCCUCAGAACCACAUACGAAGAUGUUGUGUC